AUGGCCUUCAGCGAGCGUCUCCGCGAUAGCGUCGUAAAAGCCCACAUCAUCGGCGUCGGCAUAAUCACGGAUUUCUUCCUGCUCCCCGUCAAAGGCGUAUUCAAAUUAGGAGCCGUGGCGUCCCCCGCAAAGCCGGCCCCAGGACAAUCGGAAAGUACGGGACGUCUUGACAGGUAUCUGGGGAACAGACGGUAUAACAAGCAGUUUGAGGAUGAUAUUUGGAAACGACAUGAGGAUCGGGUGAUUUCGCCGUUGCCGGCGGUCCAUGUAUCUGAUAUGGAGGGGAUGAUGGGGCGGUUAGAUACUGCUAAGGCGAUCUUGCUGCCGGUUCUCUUGUAA